CGCUGUCGAUCCGGCCUCGUCCUGCACAAUCGAUCCCGUUGCAGGCACAACCAACAAGCUGAUGUUGCUGAAACGCACACAGUGAAAACGCUGACACGAUGGAUUUUAAUGUCAAGAAACUAGCGUCGGAUGCAGGGGUCUUCUUCACUCGUGCUGUUCAGUACACAGAGGAGAAGCUUGGCCAGGCAGAAAAGACUGAGCUAGAUGCCCACCUGGAGAACCUGAUUGCUCGAGCGGACUGCACCAAAAACUGGACCGAAAAGAUCUUCAGACAGACCGAGGUGCUGCUUCAACCCAACCCAAUUGACCAAACUGGUGCCCGUAUUGAAGAGUUCUUCUAUGAGAAAUUAGACAGAAAGAUCCCAUCCAGAACCACCAAUGCAGAGCUGCUGGGACAGUAUAUGCAGGAUGCUGCAAAGGAAUUUGGGGCAGGAACUCCAUAUGGUAGUACUUUGAUCACUGUUGGAGAGUAUCAGAGGAGACUGGGUGGAGCAGAGCGGGAAUUCCUACAGACGUCAGCCAUCAACUUCCUCACGCCUCUGAGGAACUUUCUAGAGGGUGACUGGAAAACCAUUUCUAAAGAGAGAAGGCUACUGGAGAACCGGCGUCUUGACCUGGACGUUUGCAAAGCUCGGCUCAAGAAAGCAAAGUUAGCAGAGGCCAAGGCUGCUGCUGCGCCUGACUUUCAGGAGACUAGGCCACGCAAUUAUGUUCUGUCGGCCAGUGCAUCUGCGCUGUGGAGUGAGGAAGUGGAUAAAGCAGAGCACGAGUUGCGUGUGGCUCAGACUGAGUUUGACAGACAGGCAGAGGUCACACGCCUCCUGUUGGAGGGGAUCAGCAGCACACACGUGAACCACUUGCGCUGUCUGCAUGAGUUUGUGGAGGCCCAGGCUGCUUAUUACACACAGUGUCACAAGCACAUGCAGGAUCUUCAGAAAGAGCUGAGCAGUGCGACUGGAGAUACGUUUCCUAACGCUUUUGCUGUGAACGCCUCCACCUCAGGGGUGUCAGCAGACCCUUCUCCCCCUUCCACUGCCACCCUACCUGGGGCUUCUCCACCUAGUCGUUCCCCAAACCCCUCCAAUGCCCUUGAGUCCAGCACGCUGAAGAUUGAGGAGGUGAAGCCUCCCGCCACUGGCACUCGCAAGGCCAAAGUGCUAUAUGACUAUGAUGCUGCAGAUUCAAGUGAACUUUCACUUCUCGCUGAUGAGCUUAUUACUGUGUACACGGUGCCCGGCAUGGACCCGGACUGGCUUAUUGGAGAGCGAGGCAACCAGAAAGGCAAAGUGCCUGUCACAUACCUAGAGCUCCUAAGCUAGACGCAGCCUCCUCUUCACAAAUACAGAGUCACACUGAAUUAUGCAUGAACAAAUACUCAAGCACUCAUGAACACUCAGUGAAUUUACCUGGUUUCUGUCUAUUUAGUUUUUUCCCCCGUAAUACCUAGAUUCACAUCUAGGUCUGUCCAUGUUACUGUGCAUAUAUAUGUAUUAUUGUUUUUUAGGCCCUAGUUAUGUUCUGUGUGUAUGUUGUUUCAUUUGAACACUAUCCUGCAUAAGGCUUUUCUUUAAGUAACUGAUUUAAUUUCCUUUAUGAUCUUGUGACUUGUGAUUUUUCUGAAGUCUUUCUUACCCUCUAAGUGAAGACAACAAACUGAAAAGCUUUUGUGUUGGAGCUGGAUCUGAGUUUGUGUGUGUGUAUGUGUGCGUGCAUGUGUGAUCAUGAAGACACUGAACAUUUAGGCUUUACUUCUUUGCGUGUCGUCUCGCUCAUCAUGCUUGUAUGUUUAUAUGGUGGUCUUGGAUUGAUAUCAGCGUGUUUGAUUCCAAAUGAAGCAUUUAUGGUAUUAGGUGUGGUUAUGAUGUACAGUAUGUGCUUAACUGUGAUCUGUUCAUAUUCAAAAGACCUCCAGUGGUACUUAUUCACAUCCAUAUCCACUCAGUCCGCACCUUGCCACUUUUGUCUUCUGUGCUUGUUCCAAAUAGCAAUGCAUAUUGAAUGAAUACAAUAUAAAUAUAUAAUAAAGAGAGAUUUACUGGG